GCUCACUCAUGUUGACGCUGGAAAGGGAGAGACAGAGACCGCUGGGUUAUUGAUUUCAGUUGGGUGUUUAUUUGUGGGUUGUAUAGUUUUGACUUGCGAUUUUUUUCUCGUUUUAUUCUUUAUUGGUGUGUGGUUUGUUUAGAUCUGCCUAUUUAGGAGGAAAAUAAUUGUUGUGUGAGGAAUAAGUUAAUAAGACAAGAGAGAAUAAAAUAAUGAUUUUAUAAAAUCAAAAUACGAUAACCCAGCGUUAGUUUUCUAAUACGGAAGAAGGAAAAGGAAAAAACGAAAGAAAAAACAGUGAGUGAGAGAGAAAACAACAGAAAAUAUCCACGAGAUUCACGUCUUACCUAAUAUGAGUGACAUAAACACGAAAAUCAAAAGGAAAUUUAUGUUUUUCGUUCUCUUCGUCUUUGCGUUCGGAGUGACGCCAGUCUAUACACAGGCCGACUGCAGCUUCAACGCCACGGGGUCCUUGGCGUCCGAAUGCAGUCUGCUGGAGGACUCCGACGCCUUCGCCGUGGCCUCGUGGAAAGUGGGGACGGGCUCGGAGUCCUAUUGGGUCGGGGGGCCUCCUGUUGAUAACGGGAACGACCCCGCAGGCGGCUAUGGCUUCACGACCGCCCACGACAUGCUCAACACCGCCCAGCCGCACAAGAAGGCGUGGCUGGUGACGCAACCGAGCACCCAGACAGGGCCGCAGGGGAAGUGUCUCGAGUUCGCCUCAUCAUCAUCAUCAUCAUCAUCAUCAUCAUCAUCAUCAUCAUCGUCAUCGCCAUCGUCAUCGUCAUCGUCAUCGUCAUCGUCAUCGUCAUCGCCAUCGCCAUCGUCAUCGUCAUUGUCAUCGUCAUCGUCAUCGUCAUCGUCAUCGUCAUCGCCAUCAUCAUCAUCGCCAUCGUCAUCAUCAUCGCCACCAUCGUCAUCAUCAUCACCACCAUCGUCAUCAUCAUCAUCAUCGCCAUCGUCAUCAUCAUCAUCAUCAUCAUCAUCAUCAUCGCCAUCGUCAUCGUCAUCGUCAUCGCCAUCGUCAUCAUCAUCAUCAUCAUCGCCAUCGUCAUCAUCAUCAUCAUCGCCAUCGUCAUCGUCAUCGUCAUCGCCAUCGUCAUCAUCAUCAUCAUCAUCAUCAUCAUCAUCGCCAUCGUCAUCGUCAUCGUCAUCGCCAUCGUCAUCGUCAUCGUCAUCGUCAUCGCCAUCGUCAUCAUCAUCAUCAUCGCCAUCGUCAUCAUCAUCAUCAUCGCCCUCGUCAUCUUCGUUAUCGUCAUCGUCAUCAUCAUUGCCAUCGCCAUCAUCAUCAUCAUCAUCAUCGCCAUCGUCAUCGUCAUCGUCAUCGUCAUCGUCAUCGCCAUCGUCAUCAUCAUCAUCAUCGCCAUCGUCAUCGUCA